AUGGAUCUCAGAUUAGUGUUUGCGCUCCAGCACAACAGAGACUCCUCCUCCUACUCCCACUCUCUUGACUUCAUCCUCCUUCUCCUCCUUGAUAACCGGACACCGAGGGAACCAGAAGACCAUUUGUUUAAAUGGGAAGACGAGGCAAUCCUUGACGAGGUUAGGAUUGUUGACGCUAAGCACCAGGAUCUGUUACACGAUUUGCAAUCCCUUUCCAACACUGUUCUGGAAGAGCUAGCUCGACAAGAAGCUAGUAUCGGGAAACUGAAAUAG